CUGCAUCCUUUCAUUUAGCUAGAUAACAUUUCGGAAUCCCAGUUGAUGUCAGUUCGUGAUAAAAACGACAAAUCUAUUUCUUACCCUAACCAUCAACUGGAAAUCAUAAUUCUAAUUCCCCACACUGGUUUAUGACCUUCAUUUAGUUCUAAUUAGUGGGUGAACAUUCUCGAGGUCACUUUAGCAUCGCUCAAAGGUCGUCCAUAAAUUGUGGUCUCAUUGAUGUAAAUUAUUCCAAGAUGUUUACAAUUGAGUGACCAGAUAGUCGAAAAGACAACUGUACUCACUGACCACAAUACACUUGAAUGAUUCGACAACAUGGAGUUUAUAUACAAACCGGGUAUACCCAGCCCGUCCUUGUACUAAAUUCCAAGUUGUCCUAAUUUUAGGCUUGUUGUGCUACUGGUUGUUUUUUCUUUGUUUUCCUUAUUAGGACCAAGUGCAUUUUAUGCACUUACUGAGUUUUCGGUUUACUUUUCCUCCUGUUUUUCCAGCUUUCAGCUAUCCUCACGCAUACAACUCUUUGCACUCUUAUAGUACCUAAAGUACUACCAGGCUAGACGUGAACAGACACUUGACCAACUGCGUCGAUGAAGGUCACUAAGCACUUAUGGUAUCAUAUCCAGUGUUACUUGAAAGCAACUAGUCCCAUGGUAUGCCCGUCAGCGAAGUAUGGUACAAGGAUGUUGGAAAUUAAAGACGUUGAGUUGUGGGAAUUGAUACGAAAAGAAAAAACUAGACAACGAUCAUCACUCGAAUUAAUUGCUUCGGAAAACUUUGUAUCACAAAGUAUUCUUGAAUGCCUUGGCUCAUGUUUAACAAACAAAUAUUCAGAAGGAUACCCCUUUGCGAGAUAUUACGGAGGAAAUGAAGUUAUAGAUGCUAUUGAGACACUAGCGCAAUCCAGAUUAUUAGAUCUCUUCGGUCUCAGAACCCCUGGAGCAACACUUGGUGAUGUUGAGUGGGGUGUUAAUGUUCAGCCGUAUAGUGGGUCCCCAGCGAAUUUCGCUGUAUAUACCGGCCUACUUAAUCCUCAUGACAGGUUAAUGGGUCUUCAUUUACCUGAUGGUGGUCACCUUACACAUGGUUUCCAGACUUUUUCAAAAAAGAUUAGUGCCACAUCUAUUUUUUUCGAAUCUAUCCCCUACCGUCUAAAUAAGGAGACGGAACUGAUCGAUUAUGAUGCACUACAGAAAGAUGCUCUCAAUGUAUUCCCAAAACUUAUAAUUGCUGGAAUUACCGCCUAUCCACGAUUGCUGGAUUACAAGCGUUUUCGUCAAAUUUGUGAUUCAGUUGGAGCUGUAUUACUAGCUGAUAUGGCCCAUAUUUCAGGUCUAGUUGCUGCAAAAAUUAUCCCAUCACCAUUUGAAUAUGCGGAUGUUGUGAGUUCUACAACACAUAAAACUCUACGUGGACCGCGCUCUGGAGUCAUUUUUUAUCGCAAAAAAGAGAGAUCUAUGGAAAAACCUAAAGUAAACUGUUGCAUUCCUGUUGAUCAGUUGGAAACAAGAAUAAAUAAUGCAGUUUUCCCUGGCCUUCAGGGCGGACCACAUGAGAAUGCAAUAGCUGCUAUUGCUGCUAUGGCGUUUGAGGCAAGUACACCUGAAUUUCAAGAUUAUGUUCGUCAGGUCUUAGCAAAUGCUCAAGCUUUGGCUAAUGCUCUUACAUCACUCGGUAUCCGCCUUGUGACAGGUGGCACUGAUGUCCAUUUCAUUCUUAUUGAUUUAUCUAACUCACCUAGUAAACCAAAAUUAGGUCGGGGCGAUGGAGCACGAGUUCAAAUGAUUGGUGAUCUUGUUGGUAUUGUUCUAAACAAAAAUACAGUUGUUGGUGAUUCUAGUGCACAGCAACCAUCUGGUUUGAGAAUUGGUAAAGUUCUUAAUUUUAGCUUCCUAUUUACUUAUACGUACAAUAAAUUAUACUUUUUAUUCAAUUCUAAUGGUGGAUAUGUCGCUCAAUUUCGUGGAUUAGUUGAAGUUGGACAUUAACACCGUUGGAUGCCGGCUCAGUGGUCUAGUGGUUAGGUGCUCGCGCGCGAAACCAGUAGGUCCUGGGUUCGAAUCUCGCGGGGGACGAGGUCGUGGAUGCGCACUACUGAGGAGUCCCACAAUAGGACGGAACGGCCAUCCAGUGCUUCCAGGUUUUCCAUGGUGGUCUAGCUUCAACUGACUCAUGAUCUUAACCAUUGCAAUUCUAAUUUAGUAAAAGAAUUCUUUGAUCCUAUUAAUUCACUUAAAUCAUGUUGUCAUAUUAUUUUAACUACGCUGGAAUAAUUAACGAAAUAACCAUGAACAUUCCCAUCUACGUACUAAAAGUUUGAUUGAAUUUAUAUAGUCUGAUCAAUUCCCCUUUUCAACAAUUUGAUAAUUUCUUAAAUGCAAAAACCUAUACCUGAAUUAGUCAUGGAAUUAAAGUUGGACGAGAUUAAAAAGAAUGAAGAUGUUUCAGCGAAGAAAAUUUUCUUCUCGAUGAUAUUAUUUUCCGAAGCUGUACAAUCGUCCUUAUAGGUAGCCCUUUGCAUUUAGUAGUCUAGAACAAAAUAAAGGCGUGUUACAAAAUGAUCAAAGAUGGUCACACACUUAUUCGAGUAUCGGAUGUAAAAGUUUAUGGAAACGAAGUAACUAAAGAUUAUCAGAUUUUAAGUAUUGAAUAUAAUGACUAAUAAAUGGAAGUGUAUCAUCUCAAAGUAUUUGAAGUUAUCGAAAGUUUUCAAACAUUAAAUAAAAUUACCGUUACAUCAUUUAGCCAAGCAGUCGAACAUCAUGAAAUGAAGUUAUGGAAUAAUUUCGGAAGUAAUAGAAAUUAAUUAUAAAAUGAAUGCAAAAGACAGUUGUUUACUUUACAAUAGAGAAGGUAAAAAGGCUAAUAAUUAUCACUUACGACUUGUAAGAUUGCGAGAGGUUCUAAGGCUAUCGAAGAAUAAGGGAUUGAGCAUGACCCUUUUGUACACAGAGGUAGGGUUUAAGAUAUUAAUUUGCUAUAGCUGUGCACCCAUUCUUCGUGCGAAUCGUCUUCGAGUCAGUUUUUUCUAACAUUGUAGAUUUAUUUAUUUUAACACAUAGAUAUUGGUACAAGGAGGCACCAAAUACAUAUGCACCACACAAAUCUCAUUCGAUAUGUGUGAGGGCUUUGAUACUGCCCGGGUGCCCAAACCGAAGCAGGACAUUGUAGAUUAUUUUAAACGACGACUCUCGUGAUGGCAUGUAACCAAUGUUGACCAUGUGUUAAAUGAUCGAGCUGUUGAUUGAUUUGCAUUCCCUUGUAAAUAUCUAUGCAGGAUAGUCCUCGGACAUUUGCUUACCAUGCACAUGCUUUAUACAGCUCAUACAGCAUGGCCCACAUAACCAAGUAAAAUGAAUAAUCCACAUAUAGGUAACCUAAUGCGACAUUCUAAUCACGAUUCUUCCCUGAGUGGGUUUCUUACUGGACAAAACAAUUCGAAGCUCCAAUGAAUGAGACGUCUUUCUCAGAGAUCUAUUGUGCUUUUCGGUAUCUCAGCAGCCACAUCUCUCUUGAAUUCAGUUUUCAUAAAUAAAACUUUGGGACUGUAUGAGUACUUUCGACUUAAUGUUUUGGUUUCUAUCAAAGGAACAUAAGUUUCAGUUAAAUAAUAUCGUCGAAAAGAAAAAUUUCUUCUCUGAAAUAUCGUCAUUCUUUUUAAUGAAUCAGUAGUUUUCUUUUAUUGUUCUUAGUGGAAUUAUUUGAUUUGAACUUUCACUAGAAUUAGAUCGAACUGUUUAAAAUAAAUACUACACUUAGGUAAUGAAAGUCAUUAGAUUCAAUUUGUUCAUAUAAAUAUUGAGACGACUUCAAAAUAAAAUUAUCUUGGAGAAACUAGAAGACGGAGGUCAGAUAUUGAGAUCUUUAGAACUGACAAAGGUUCAGGGGUGGUUCUUAUUGAUAAGUGUGACUAAAGAAAAGAUGUUAUCUAUACUGGGUGAUCAGAGUAGGUUCCUGCAGGACGUUCCAUCCAAUACUAAUGUUAUAAAAUUGAAAUCCAGAGUAGUCUAAUCUACUAAAGCUUCUUACAAUGAAUGGGAUGAACAAAGAGGAAGUUAAUUUGCCAAAACCUCCCAGUUCUGUUCUCUCAAAUUUAUAUAGAUUACCUAGAAUUCAAGCCUAAUAAUCCAGUACAACCAAUUUUAUAUAUGCGUGGUUCUCCUACACAGAAACUAGCUAAAUGGUUAGGAAAAUUGUUAAACCCAAUCCGUAAUAAAUUAUGUAAGUUUUCCUUGAAAGAUACAUUUGAAUUAAUUGAUCUUCUUGAAGACUUUGGAUUCUUUUGAUGUAAAAUUUUUUUUACGAAUGUACGGUUAACUAAGACUAUGGAUUUCGUUUGCGACUAUACAUCUGCUAAUUUUCCCCUUUUUCCUGUUUGGUCAUCAUUGUUGAAAGAAUUAAUUUUAUUAUGUACUGCAAAUGUCCAGUUCACGUUUGAAGACGAAUAUUUUCGAAAGUUGAUGGUGUUGCUAUGGGAAGCCCUUUGGGGCCUCUCUUAGCUGCUGUAUUUGUCAGAUGUUGAAAGUAUGACGAGUAUGGAAGAUACAUGGAUGAUAUGCUAGUUAUAUGUAACAAAGAUUUUGAGGUUUCCCGGUUAUUAGAUAAACUCAAUGGGGUCCAAAUCGAUAUCGUAAUGAACUAUGAAGCAGAAAAUGAUGGCCAAUAGCCCUUUUUAGACAUGCUUUUUAGUCGAAGUGUGGAUGGUACUAUAAAACUGUCAGGCUGGUCAAUAUCUAAAUUUCCAGAAUUUCUGUCUAUCGCAAUACAAACCAGGCUUGGUUAAGUGCCCACAGAUACUGUUGGAGAAGACGAACAACUGCUGAGUGACACUAAUAACAAAUAAUUAUCCAGUAAAUUUUAUAGAUAGGUGCAGAAGUCAGUCAGCACUAAAACCUCUCGUUUAUGCUGUUCCGAAUAAAACUGUUUAUAUCUGUCUACCAUUCGAAGGUGAAUCUAAUAGUAUGGUUUGAAGACAUAUUAAAAGCAGCUAUCGUGAAAACCUAUUACGCUGCUAAACUGGUUGUGAUUGAAAAGACUAAGCCCACGAUCCCAAAUAGACCUAGAAAAUGCACGGACGAUUGCAUCAUAUCCCAUUUACCAAUUUACAUGUUUGUGCGGACACACUUAGGGUGGAGUAAUCGAACAGUGCAAUCAAGCGUUAUGGUACAUGUGCCUAGGUGGCUUCAAAACCAAUUAGUGUCAAAUGGUCCGAUCAACAUUGGAGGUAGAAAACCAUGUUCAUCGAUAGCAAAACACAUAGUUGCAACGGCGCACAGAAUUAACAUCAGUACAGCUUUCAAAACGUUGUAUAGAAAUUGUCAAGGACGAACUCUUAGGUUCAUAGAAGCCUUGACUAUUCGUAAAUUUAAAUUCCACUUAUGUGUACAAAAACUAUUUGUCGUAACCUUGGAUUUACCUUGGUAAUCCUUAAGUCAUUUUAUGGCCUAGGAUAACACGACAAUUUCUUAUUGUAUCAUUUAAUUGACGUUUAUUAAUUUUCAUAUAAAAAUGCCCUGGCAGUUAUGUGUGACCAGAUUAUUCGAAAUGUAUAGCGCAAAUACAUCACAUUUUUCAGAUCAACUCCGUCUUCUAAUUGCUUUAUCGAAAUGUAGGAAAGGGAUUAAUUGCUUAAAAUUAUCUUGAUAUUCACUUACGAGUAUAUUUUGUAGUUAUUUAUUUGAUCAUGAAGAUAAAAAUACAUAUAUGAGAUCAAGGACCACAGAAGAAUUCAUUUGUUUACCGUAUGAAUUAUCUAUAGUCCUUAAAAAUUUGGAAAUAUAAAAUAAAUGAAUCUGUAAUAAAACACUUGUCUAUUAAGAUAUAUUUGCGUUUAUGUUUAUGGUAUGGUGUUUACUGAAGUCAGCAGGGAUUAAGUCAAGUUAAAUUGUUUUAUCAUGUGUAACGUGUCAGUUUAAGUUGUAUUAGAGAGACUUAGUGUGUUUGAAAUUGUGCAAUCAUUUACUAGGAUUUAUGUGGAGUUUUUCUGUAGUGACGAUUCCUCAAGAAAACUAAAUUAAUAAUGUUAAAGCCCUCGAAUAAACGGAUAACAUAAAAAUAAACAAUAAAAUAUUUUUUUACAAAUGUACACACUUAAUUACAAAAUAUUUUGAGAGAAAUAAAAACUAUGGUGAUCAAUUUAAGCCACAGGUGUAAACUACUUUUCUUUGUUGUGAACUUACGAAGUGAUAAAAUCAAUUUUGGCUACUACGCCUAAUUCUUAUCUAUCAUACCAGACAUAGGUUGAAAUAGGAGUCAAUCAUUAGUUUUGAUCUCACUUAUUUGUCAUUAAUUGUCAGGUUGUAGCUUUCGUCCAUUCAGGGUGUUGGAACUUGUUCAUAAAUGUGGGGAAGCAGCAGUCAAUCUUUCUUUAUGAGGCAUGUUAGCUUUCGAGGUGUGAGUUUCCCACCUUGUUUCCCUCAAAUACGAUCUCCUUGACUAUCUAUUUCCAAAACUUACGAGCUCUUCUUUAGUUUUCGAAAUUCAUUCCACACAGCGUUUAAACUUAUUUGCUCUUACUGACAGCUAUCUCUGUAAUCUUCUAGCAUAUACUGCAUUGUAUCCAACACACGUGACUUCAUAAACAUCGUUUAACUAUUCAUUUCUUGUUAUUCUAUUCUUGGCGUUAAUACUGAACAUAGUGUUUGAAAAGUCUUGAAUAUCAAAUACAAAAUAAUGUAGUCGCUCACAAUACUAAGAGUAAUAAAUGUUUUCUUUUAUAUAGAGAUGACUAAUUACAUUCUAGAACGACAACUCAUCCAAAUCUAUAUUCAGACUGUAGUAUUGUAAAUAAAGCAGUCAACUUUCAACAACGAUUCAAAUCCUGCUUCAUUUUUACGGAUUUGGUCAGCUUAGUAAUAAAAGUAACAUUCGGAAAAUUCAUCUCGUAGCUAUGUAGAUAAUUACGUUAAUUAGUUACAUGAGAAUUCAACUUAGAAUGUAAAAUUGCUGUCGCUCGACAUGUGCUAAGUAACACUAACGAUUCUGUGUCCCACUGCAAUAUAUAUGUGGAUAAAAUGAGUAGAUUUACUUGGGGUUAUGUUUAUCAUUCAUAUCUUUUUAUAUUUCAUUUAAUACCAUGCGACUAUUGAUAUUAUACUUUGAAAAUAUUCAAUUGAUGAAUUAUUAGUAUUUAGUUUUGGUGUCAAUAUUCUAGUACGUCCUCUGAAUUCAUUGAAAAUGGAGGUUGUUGGUAAACGUUUCGUAUACAUAUUAUACGUUUCAUGAUAGAUAUUUUAAAAAAAUUUCCAUUCUCUAGGUACUCCAGCGCUAACUACUCGUGGGUUUAAAGAAAAAGAUUUUGAAAAAGUUGCUUCAUUUAUUGACGAAUUACUUGACCUGACAGUUGUGGUCAAGUCUGUCUCAAAAAAUCUUAAAUCUUUUCAACUUACCCUUCAAAAAGAUGAGCUCAUAAAAUCCAAGAUUGAGGAUUUACGUCAUCGUGUUGCUGAUUUCGCGUCUAGCUUCCCAAUUCCUGGAAUGGAAGAUAUUUGAGCAAAUCUAUGUACAGAUAAUAUCGAUUUUCAUCUGCUACUUCGUAUUCCAAAUAUUAGUUUAAUACUACUGCCCAAACUGUGAUUAGAUUUAUCUAUGUUCUGUGAACUUUUGUAUCACUUGUGGUGUGAUAAUUGUAAUUUUCUUAAGCUUUUUUAAAUUCCCAGUCUAAUGUUAUGACUAUGUUUUGUUUGUAUAAUCACCCAGAAAACAAGUUGUUUAGUCAUAUUGCACUAUUUCACUACUUUGUGUUAUAGCUAACAUAACUGUGACAUCAGUAAGGGUGCUCAUAACUUCAUAGUAUGCCGUCGUUUAGUUUGACGACCUUAUGAAUUUUUACUCAUUCGGUUUGUUUGUUUUCGGGUUUCUUUUGCGAAAAUAGCAAUCAAGCUUAGUCAGAUAAGCACACCCUUCCAAGCCCCUCUGUAUUUUGAAGAGAAUCUAAUGUUACGAGACUCACUUUUAGUACUUAUUGCUUCGGAUAACCUUAGAUUAUUACCAGGUCUAUAAAAAUCACCUAAUUCUGAUACAUAGCUUCUGAACUGUAUAGAUGCCUUUGGACGUAUCGCCUUGUUUUCCUUUAUUUAAUCUAAGAGAUUUUGAAGAUGCUGAAAGCCAAGUCAAGCCCCAUUUGUGUUCUAUCGAAAUAUAAUGAUUUCACUGAUACAGUCGGAGUGAAUGGUCGUAAAUAUAGCGUUUUGUUUCCCAUUCAGAAGAAUCACUAUGUCAUAUUUACACUUCUUAUUCUUCCUUGUAUCACUCAUGUUAGCUCCUUAUUUAUCACAAAGGGGUUAUCACCUUUUUAUUUUCCUCUUAAAGUCAAUAAACAGCUUAUCGGUUUCCCUGUAUAGAAAUCUCAAGAAGAUAAACUAGAUUUAUUAUUCCGGACUACUGAAUAUUCUUAAUUGGGAAGCUUGCCUCUUAAGUAGUGGCUUGAACGCAGCUCUAAUGGUACUUUACAUUGAUUCCGAGUACUGCUUUGGUCAAAUUGUUCCAUGGUGCUUCUGUAAACCUAUACAUAAACAAAUCGAUAAGAACCAAGCUACGCUACCUCAGCCCACUGUUCCAUUAAUCUGGUGACUUUUCAGCUCUAGUAACAAUACACCAAGUUCAUGAAAAAUUCGCACCGAUGAGACCGAACGUUUUACUAGAAAGGAAUGUGAUGCUCCAACUAGUGAUAGAAUCAGCUUAAUUUGCCGACUAUUAAAAAAACGACUAAAUCCCCUAAGAUAUCUAUCCCUUCAACUUUUUCUUGAUGAAGUACAUUACAGAAAGUCGUUUCGAGGAACUUGAGUAUAUAUUUCUUCAUCCUUAUGCAGUGAACGGGGACAACCAGCCAAUCAAUUGUAUCGGACUUGAUUGUUCCUUCGUUUCCACACCAAUCACUCUUUGUUCUCGUUCUCUUAACCUUUUGCCUCUAUGUAUUCCACUUUCGACUGGUGGUACAUAACACUUGUGUCUGUCAACACCAAUAACACACAACAUUUACACUGUUG